GUUUAAUAAAUUCCUCUUUUGGUUCGGCAUUCCCCCUUUGGUUGAGCUCCCCGUCGGACGCCGUCCACUGUUGCCAGCCCUGCGUGGUUGUUCUCCUGCAAGUGUUGAAGAAGGAUUUUGAUGUUCAUGGAAGGUUGAUUAGUCUUAACAGUGAAUAUACUUCUUGACUGGCAGAAAGGAGCUUAAUCGGGAGCUCUUUAAAGCGUGCACAGGAGGAGCUACAGAUGGCGUCUUUGUCAUCGAUGCUGCUGCCACAUCCUGCAGAGCUUUGUUCUGUGGCUGUAGCUACUGUUCCUUCUAUAUCAUUUUCUUCUGUAACCCCUCAAAGAAAGAGGACGCCUACCUCAAAACGCUCUUCUAAGCUCACAAAGUCCAUCUCUCCACUUAAACCCUCAACAACUGUGACUAAAACUUUAGAAUCCUCUAUUCCUCUCAAAAAGGUAUUGGUUCCUAUUGGUUUUGGAACUGAAGAAAUGGAAGCUGUUAUUUUAGUUGAUGUUCUGCGUCGAGCUGGUGCAGAGGUGACUGUGGCAUCAGUGGAGCCACAACUUGAAGUGGAAGCUGCUGGUGGUAUCAAAUUGGUAGCUGAUGCUGACAUUUCAACAUGCUCGGAUGAAAUUUUUGAUCUUGUGGCUUUACCGGGAGGAAUGCCUGGUUCAACAAGAUUAAGGGAUUGUGAGGUCCUGAGAAAAAUAACCUGCAAGCAAGCAGAGGAAAAGAGGCUCUAUGGUGCUAUAUGUGCUGCUCCAGCAGUUACUCUUUUGCCAUGGGGUCUGCUAAGAAAAAAGAAGACGACUUGUCAUCCUGCAUUCAUGGACAAGCUUCCAACAUUUUGGGCUGUUAAAUCAAAUAUUCAAGUUUCAGGAGAGCUUACAACAAGCCGUGGCCCUGGAACUACUUUUCAGUUUGCUCUAUCCUUGGUAGAACAGCUAUUUGGGGAGUCAGCUGCCAGAGAAGUUGGAGAAUUGCUGUUGUUAGGUAAUGCCAAUGAUGAUUGUACAACCAAGAAGGAAUUCAACACAGUUGAGUGGUCCCUUGAUCACCAUACGCCCAGUGUUCUCUUAGCAGUUGCUCAUGGUUCUGAGGAGAUUGAAGUAGUGAUUAUUGCAGAUAUUCUAAAGCGAGCAAAAGCUAAUGUCAUAGUUGCAUCGGUAGAAAAAGAUCGUGAAAUUUUGGCUUCUCGAGGAACGAAAAUAAUUGCUGAUAUGUUGAUUAAUGAUGCUCAAGAGUUAGCAUAUGAUUUGAUUAUUCUUCCGGGGGGAACUGAUGGCACUCAGAGGUUAAUCAAAUGUAAAGUUCUCAAAAGACUUCUCAAAGAACAAAAUGCAUCCAGAAGAAUUUCUGGGGCAGUGUCUUCUUCGCUUGUGAUCCUUCAUAAACAAGGUUUACUGAAGGAAAAGAACUUCACAGCUCAUCCUUCCAUUGUGGACAAUCUCAAUGAUGAAACAAUAGGUGGUGCUAAGGUAGUUAUUGAUGGAAAACUGAUAACUGGUGAGGGACUUGCCUCUGUCACACAUUUUGCGUUGGCCAUUGUUAAUAAGCUUUAUGGUCAUGGAAGGGCCAGAAGUGUAGCAGAAGGCCUUGUUUUUGAGUAUCCUAGGAGUUAACUCUUAGAGAAAUUCUUUGGUGUAACAUGGAUGGAAUCCAUUGUAUGUUAUUGACUGGUUAGCUUGAUUCGUGAUAGGAACAGAGGAAGAAGGUUGGGUAUUAAAUAGGCAGUCCAACAAUCUUGUCCUACGCUGCCCUGUGCAAACAAAUCACAAAACCAAAAAAGCAUAUAUAAUGACAUCAUGUAAUCUAUCUGAUUGGGUUGGGAUCAAGUUUUGUUGU